GUACCGAAUCCAGGGAAUACCAUUGAUUCCUCUUAAGAAGACUGCUCUCUAACCCCACUUUCCCGCCACCGCCACCACGAGGCAGUCUUCAGUCUUCAACAAGCGAUGGUCCAGGGCAGAUGCAUCGUCCUUCUGUUGUUCUCAUUGACUACAGUAAUUUUGGGUUCUUCUGCUGCGGGCGGUGCCGCGUGGCGGGCCAGUGGGAGGCCCUGGGGGACCUGAUGCAGGCCCGCGGGGAGGGGGCGGCACUGCCCCCGGGCCUCCUGCCCGGCCGUGCUGCCUCCGAGGCGGGCCGGCAGUGGCAGCAGCUGCGACGCUCGUGCCCUGCGCUGGCCGAGCUGCCGCAGCUCCAGCGAAGCAGCCUCCUGCGCAGCUUCCAUCUGCCUCAGAGCGAGUCACUGCCUCAGCUGGAGGGACGGGUGCACUCGGAGCGGCAGGAGCUGUACUUCCCGCUGCUCGACGGCGAGGGCCAGGUGGUGGGGUACAAGAGGCUGAGACUGGAGGGACGGGUGCACUCGGAGCGGCAGGAGCUGUACUUCCUGCUGCUCGACGGCGAGGGCCAGGUGAGCGAGUCACUGCCUCAGCUGGAGGGACGGGUGCACUCGGAGCGGCAGGAGCUGUACUUCCUGCUGCUCGACGGCGAGGGCCAGGUGAGCGAGUCACUGCCUCAGCUGGAGGGACGGGUGCACUCGGAGCGGCAGGAGCUGUACUUCCCGCUGCUCGACGGCGAGGGCCAGGUGAGCGAGUCACUGCCUCAGCUGGAGGGACGGGUGCACUCGGAGCGGCAGGAGCUGUACUUCCCGCUGCUCGACGGCGAGGGCCAGGUGAGCGAGUCACUGCCCCAGCUGGAGGGACGGGUGCACUCGGAGCGGCAGGAGCUGUACUUCCCGCUGCUCGACGGCGAGGGCCAGGUGAGCGAGUCACUGCCUCAGCUGGAGGGACGGGUGCACUCGGAGCGGCAGGAGCUGUACUUCCCGCUGCUCGACGGCGAGGGCCAGGUGAGCGAGUCACAGCCUCAGCUGGAGGGACGGGUGCACUCGGAGCGGCAGGAGCUGUACUUCCCGCUGCUCGACGGCGAGGGCCAGGUGAGCGAGUCACUGCCCCAGCUGGAGGGACGGGUGCACUCGGAGCGGCAGGAGCUGUACUUCCCGCUGCUCGACAGCGAGGGCCAGGUGAGCGAGUCACUGCCCCAGCUGGAGGGACGGGUGCACUCGGAGCGGCAGGAGCUGUACUUCCUGCUGCUCGAGGGCGAGGGCCAGGUGAGCGAGUCACUGCCCCAGCUGGAGGGACGGGUGCACUCGGAGCGGCAGGAGCUGUACUUCCCGCUGCUCGACGGCGAGGGCCAGGUGAGCGAGUCACUGCCCCAGCUGGAGGGACGGGUGCACUCGGAGCGGCAGGAGCUGUACUUCCUGCUGCUCGAUGGCGAGGGCCAGGUGAGCGAGUCACUGCCCCAGCUGGAGGGACGGGUGCACUCGGAGCGGCAGGAGCUGUACUUCCUGCUGCUCGACGGCGAGGGCCAGGUGAGCGAGUCACUGCCUCAGCUGGAGGGACGGGUGCACUCGGAGCGGCAGGAGCUGUACUUCCCGCUGCUCGACGGCGAGGGCCAGGUGAGCGAGUCACUGCCUCAGCUGGAGGGACGGGUGCACUCGGAGCGGCAGGAGCUGUACUUCCCGCUGCUCGACGGCGAGGGCCAGGUGGUGGGGUACAAGAGGCUGCUGCGGGAGGAGCCCCGGGAACAGACUGUGCCGCAGACGGGCUGCGGUGGCGUGCUGGCGUUGAGCCCUGACGGGGGCGCGAGCGAGGAUGCAGCCGUGCUGGUGUCCAGUGUGGCGGACCUGCUGGCCCUUGCACGGCAUCACAUUCCUGCACGGGUUGUCUGCCUGCCUUACGGGUUCGCCCAGCUGCCACAAGAGGCGCUGCCCUCCCUGGAGCGGCACUCGAAGCUGGUGCUGUGGCUGGGGGGUGACGCGGCCGGCUGGGACGCAGCACGGACCUUCGCGAGGAAGCUGGGAGAGCGUCGCUGCCACCUGGUGCGUCCCACGGUGGGCCGCCUGUCUCCCCACGAGGCGGUGCGGGCCGGCCUGGAGCCCCGGGACAUCGUGCUGAGCGCCAGACCCGUGCUGCACCAGGCCAUCACCACCUUCAGCAGCCUGCGCGAGGACGUGCUGUCGGAGCUGCACAACAUCGACAAGGUGGCAGGUGUAAAGUGGAAGCGGUUCCAAGCACUGAACCGCAUCCUGAAAGGACACCGACGAGGGGAACUGACCGUGUUGACAGGACCCACCGGAAGUGGCAAGACGACGCUCGUAAGCGAAUUGUCUCUGGACCUGGCGUGCCAGGGCGUCAACACGCUGUGGGCGAGCUUCGAGAUCCGCAACACGCGGCUGGCACGCACCAUGCUGCAGCAGCUGGCCGGCAAGCCGCUCGACAAGGACCUGGAGCAGCUGGAGGUAUGGGCGGACCGGCUGGAGCGCCUGCCGCUGUACUUCACCACCUGGCACGGACAGCAGGCGCCGCGCGCCGUCAUGGAGGCCCUGGAGCACGCCGCCUACGUGCACGACAUCGCUCACGUCGUCAUCGACAACGUGCAGUUCCUGCUGGGCGUGGAGUCGGAGGGCCAGCACGGCGACCGCUUCUGGAGGCAGGACGCGCUGGUGGCCAGCUUCCGUCACUUCGCCACGCACCGCAACUGCCACGUCACGCUGGUGAUGCACCCACGCAAGGAGCGCGACUCCGACGACCUCUCCGUCAGCUCCAUCUUCGGCAGCGCCAAGGCGGCUCAGGAGGCCGACAACAUCCUCAUAAUACAAGACAAGAGGCUCAGCUCUGUGCGCGGCAAGAAGUACCUACAGGUGGCCAAGAACCGCUACACGGGCGACCUGGGCGUGGUGGCCCUGGAGUUCCACAAGGAGGGGCUCAGCUUCGCCGCGCGCAAGAAGAAGGCAGAGAAGCCCUCGGAGCCGUCCUCGUGAGUGCGCUCGUGUCGCAGCCUCCCAUUCCAGCUCGUGAUCAACUUUUAGACUUGUUCACUUGUUUAACUUCCACGAAAUGAAAAAUAUAUACAGUGCAUAGUUUUUGCAUAAUUAGCUGCCAAAGUUACAUUUUUAACGUUUUUGGGUUGGACAAAUAAGGAGAAUUUAAUUUAAUGCAGAAGUGAAACUUUUUAGGUUUAACUGCAAUGCCACUGGCUUCUUCAAGAAAUGGUUUGAAUUUAUUUCAGAAAAUAUUAAUUAAUUUUACUUGGUAUUUCAAAAUUCUCAAAUUUGUUACGAUUUUUACAGCUUUUUUGAGUUUUUGUGAUAGAAAUGCAAACCAUAUCAUGAAGUAUCCAGUGGGAUUGCAGUUAAACCUAAAAAGUUUAAUUUCCGCAAUAAAUUAAAUUCUCCUUAUUUGUACAACCCAAAAACGUUAAAAAUGUAACUUUCGCAGCUAAUUAUGCAAAAAGUAUGCGCUGUAUAUAUUUUUCAUUUCGUGAAAGUUAAACAAAAGUCUAAAAAGUUGAUCAGUGAUUAAUAUAAAUAUAAAUGGGAGGCACCCCUUAACUAUUACUUACAGUCUUAUGUACACAAAAAUUAUUGUUACUGUGAGGUAAAUGCAGCUUUACACAGUUUUCAGUGAAAUGUGUUUGUAUUAACUGUAAAAAAUUUACAAAAAAAUUUUAAGAAUUUUUUAUUUUUUUUGUAAAAUCACUUUAAAAUGGGUUUCCAUUUGGUACCUCAAGUAGUCAGAUCACAGAAACCUUGGAGGGGUGUGUAACUGUACAUUUACUUUUAGCUACAGUCUAGGUAAUAAUUGUUACCCAUCCAUGCACAAUUUUUCUUUGUAUAGUACUGAGAUAUGCAAGUUUUAAUUAUUUCACAGUUGCAGAUAAAGCUAAAGUAACUUUAUCAAAACAUGUGCUGUCUUUUUUCUUUCUAAACUGUUAUUUAAUGGA